UUCCUAUCCCCAAUCAACGUUAAUUCCCAAAAGAAAGCUGUAUCACCACCUCUGUCUGUCUCUCUCUCCAGAGUCUCUCACACUUCAAACUUGAUUCUCCCUUUUCCACACUCCUCGUAUCUGAUUCCCCUUUCCCGUCUUUUUUAAAUUUCCCGGCAACCCUUUUCCUAACGCUUUCCAAUUUCCCCACAAAUUUCACUCUACUCCUUUUCAAUCCCUAAUUCCCCCAAUUUAUUCCUUCCUCAAAUUCCAUUCCAAACUCAUACCCAUCUUUAAUCUCUCUGAACAUAUGCCUAGAUAGCAAAAGCCUCUGGAUUUUAGGCUUCUUAUUCAAUAAAGAUGCUACCUUGGGGUGGAUUAAGCUGUUGUUUGAGUGCUGCUGCUCUCUAUCUUCUCGGCAGAAGCAGUGGCAGGGAUGCUGAUAUUCUUAGGACUGCCACUCGGGUCAGCCAGUUGAAGGAAUUGGCUAAAUUAUUGGAUUCUGAGUCUAUAUUACCAUUGGUGGUUGCGAUUUCGGGGAGAGUUAGCUCUGACACUCCCAUCACCUGUGAGUUCAGUGGUUUGAGAGGUGUAGUUGUGGAAGAAACGGCAGAACAACAUUUUCUGAAACACAAUGAUGCUGGAUCAUGGAUACAGGAUUCUGCUUUGAUGCUGUCGAUGAGUAAAGAAGUCCCCUGGUAUCUGGAUGAUGGGACUGGUCGCGUGCAUGUGGUGGGAGCUCGAGGUGCCACAGGCUUUUCAUUGCCGGUUGCAAGUGAGGUAUUUGAAGAGUCAGGGCGAUCCCUUGUACGAGGGACAUUAGAUUAUCUUCAAGGCCUCAAGAUGCUUGGAGUGAAACGAAUUGAGAGGGUAUUACCAACUGGUACUUCUUUGAGUGUUGUUGGUGAGGCUGUUAAAGAUGACAUUGGUACCAUUCGAAUUCAACGACCCCAUAAAGGACCAUUUUAUAUCUCCCCCAAAACCAUUGAUCAGCUUAUUGCAAACCUGGGGAAAUGGGCAAGGUUGUACAAAUAUGCAUCUUUGGGUUUGAGUGUGUUUGGUGUUUAUUUGAUUGCUAAGCAUUCCGUCCACUACAUCAUGGAAAGAAAGCGGCGUUGGGAAUUACAGAAAAGGGUUCUUGCUGCAGCUGCUAAAAGAUCCGGGGAAGAUGAUGAAGGUUCACUUGAAAGAGAUGAUAAUGCAUCAGAUGCUCCCAAGAAAGACCGUCUGAUGCCCGAUUUAUGUGUGAUAUGCCUUGAGCAGGAGUAUAAUGCGGUUUUUGUCCCGUGUGGUCAUAUGUGCUGUUGUACAACCUGCUCCUUGCACCUGACCAAUUGUCCUCUCUGCCGGAGACGAAUUGAACAGGUGGUUAAGACUUUCCGCCAUUAAGAUUCAGCUUCAAAUGUUUUCAGCUGCCGUAGCAGAUUAAAUGGGUCAUAGUUUUGUUGAUCUGAAGGUCUACCUAAUUAAUCUUUGCACUGGCAUUUCGGCUUUGAAAUGUGGUGCAACGCUCCCAAAGAACCCUCGACUUGUUCUUAUGAGUAGAUUUCAAUAUGUUCUCAUGUUUUGUUUCAGAAAAGUUACUGAAACACAGUUCUUUCUGGACUCAGAUCUGAAAUAUGUCUGAGUUAAUGAAACUUGUAAAUGAUUAAUUGAUGUAUUAAUGUAUUAUAUAUCGUUGUAAAUUAGUAUUGAUGGAGACUAAAAAGAGGAUGAGUGAUGUACCCUCUAUGUGUACGAGUUUAUGCUGCCGAAAACGUAUAUGAGGUCUCCCGGGAAAUUACUCCAA